UAUCGUGUCUAUAUAUAUAUCUCCCCACACCCAACAAAGAUUUUCAAGGAAUUCUUACCACCAUCGGCUAACUACAUCUAUUCUCUAAGAUCCUUAAAUUGCCUAGACCUACUCAUUUCUUCAUAACCAUCAACAACAAAGAAAGAACAAAAGAAAUGAUCUUACCUUGUGAGUCUCUAUCCAAGAAGAGGAAAUGGGAUGAUCAAACCAUCUCCAAAAACUCCGGCGGCGCCGCUGCCGCAAAGCUGCCGCCACUCCUCGAUCACUACCAAUCCCGACUCCCAUUAGAGUUGCAACGAUGCCUCGACAUCAAGUCGGGAAAAUUAUACUUCCAAAACACGAGGACUAACCAGAGGGUCGAUGCGCAAAAUCUCGACGUACCUCCCGCCGCCAUGAGCUUGGAGCUCCGGCUGAACUUACAGGCAACUGCCGUGGUUAGAUCGCCGUCGUGGCUGACAUUCGAUGCAGAGCACCAGGAGAUGGUGGCGGCGGCGUUUAGGAGGUGUCACAUGUUGGUGAUGAUGUCCAAGGCUCGCCCCGCCUGUCCAAACUGCAAAUUUGUGCAAUCGGAAUCGGGACCUGUCCGAACUUCCCUGACCGGAGGUUAGGACCUGAGUUAGAUGUAACAACACUAUGAUAUAUAUAUAUAUAUUUAUAGUAAUAAACUUCAAUUUUCUACAGUU